GACUUGGUCCGAUUUAGGCUCAUUAUCUUAAUCAGCCGUGGAUGAAGUGAGGAAAGAAAAAAGCAGAAGCCAAACAAGAACGGUGGAGUUUGGCGUGGAAGCGUCGUUUCUUCACGAACCGACGACCACCGGCUGAGGGAAGGAUGCUUGAAAAUAAGAGGGAGAGAUUGAAAACCUUCCUAAGGAAGAUCGACGAGAAGGCCAUAGUCAGAAUCAAACACUUCAUGAAAGAGAGGUGAGUGGAAUGAACGCUAGCUAGCUGCGGGACCGCUAUAAUCGCCGGUGAGCCGCACUAACGGGAAGGAUGCUAACGGUUAUAUGUGUUCAAUGACGGUAAACUCUCCGAGGAAAAACAGUCAAAUUUAUCUCAAUGUGCUGUUAUAUUUGACGCUAAGUGGGUAAUAAGUGCAAGGUUUGUUUCUUUUUUGAUAAACUGUGUUGUAGGUGGAGCUACCCCAUGCUAGCAGGCUAACGGAGACGUGUGUGUAUUUAAAUCCAAUGAAGCUGAUAUUACACUGACAGUCGCUUAUGCCGGAAUUACACAUUAAAAACUGCUGUUGAUAUGAUGACAAAAGCAUCAUUUUAGGCUUUAGCUGUUGUGUGUUUCGUUACCACAUCCUCCGUGUGAAGCGCAGCAGCAGCCCUGUUUGUUGGCUAAGCUGAUGUUAGUCAUUGAUUGAACUGCUGAUGACCUAAGUCGAACACCUGACAUCGAUGACACAGCACGGAGUAAAACAGAUUUGGAUUAACCUUUAGAGAAUUGCUUCCCAUGAAUUACCUUAAUUACUUUACAUUAAUUGGUUGCAAUCGAUCCUCGGAGGAAGUUGAUCAAUCUGACCCGCUAAGUUUGAUGUUUGGCUCUUUUUAAAUUCAUUGUAUGGACCUUCAAAUAUCCAGUGAUUGACCUACAAAGUAUGUAGUGUUUAUGUCUUAUAAAGUCGAGACAGCUUUAAGAAAUGAAUCUUUUAACAGUGUGUAAAUAUGAACAGGAACUCCUUCCAGGGCUCCCUGAAGGGCGUCCUCCUCAGAAGUGACUUCCCUAUGUCAACUUCUCUAUCAUGGUUGGAGAAGCAUCCCUUUUUUUUUUUUUGCUGCCAUGAAUAUGUCUGAUCCUGCCCUUUAAGAUCCAGAGCAGACCAGUCAAGGCUUUAGCACAUCUAUACACAAGCAUGCAUACUAUAUUGUGUUUCUUAUUGCCCCCAGGGAAACACACACGUAUCCCACAUGAGACGACCCAGCGUACACUUUCUGAGAAAACUCUAUUUUUAGCUCCCAUGAGUCCACCACAGGUGGUAUAUGGUGUUAUAUAAAUGCUCCCUGGUUUCAGUGUUAGUACUCCUUGUCCCCCGGGCCUCGCUGUCCAGCUUCCUCCCCAUAGAUAGCCAUUCGCAGGGAUACCAAACUCCAGCCAAUCAGACUUGGCCUCUUGUUUAUCAGCAGAGCUAUGUUGUGUCUCUAACAUGGUAUGUGGGCUGAUUAUCCAUUUCCAUAGUACACACACACAGACAGACACCCAUGCAAAAUAAUGUGAACAUGUUUUGUUCCGGCUCAGGGAUCCUUUGUGGUCAUUUAAAUCUUUCCGUUGAUACAUUUCAUGCACUUAAAACCUCCUCCUGACGAGGUAAAUGCAAAAAGUUGUGUUUGCAUAACCUGAAAUGAGCAAAUACACAUCUCAACACAGAUAUUUUGGCAGUAUUAUUUGAAUAGUCAUAUUUUGAUAAGAAAGAACCUGGUGUAGCUGCAGAUCUCUUUGAGAUGGAGGAUCCUGGAAUAGUCUGGGUGGGGCUGCUUUGCAGGCGUUCUGUUGGCUCCAGGAAGAUGUGCCCGGGACGGAGCUUGUAUGCCGCUGUGGGCAGAGAAGCCUGCGUAAGUCCAAAUUAUGAGACGUGCUGCAGAGGGAGAGCCCAAGUUAGAAGACAAAAACCACAUCUGCAAGACUGUUGAUCACUUAAUGAAGGGUUUCAUACUCACCAGCUGGUCAGGGUUGUAGUCAUGUGCCGCCUCUGUCAGGGUAGUGCUAAUGACCAGUCUUCUGCUCUUGUCGCAAUGCCAAAAAAAGGGCUAUAUUCUUCUCAGCUGUUUCACCUUUUGGUAGUCGCAGUAGCUUGGUGAAUUCUACCUUAGGUGGUUGUUGGCGGCCAGUCUAAUUUUGGAUGCAUGUGGCUUUUUCAAGACUUACCUCGAAACUAUUAAGGGACGAGAACGUGCAUUCAUUGUUUGUGAAAGAAUGCAAGUCAGCUUUCCUCCCAUUAUCUUGAUUUCGAGAUAAGCCUGGUACUUUGAAAAGUGGGAACACCCUGAUUUGACAUCACUGUGUCUAAGUUGCAUCUUAGCGCGAGUGUAUCUGUAGGAAAAUCAGCUGGGAAAAAAUGCAAGAAAAAGACCCAGGAGAACGCUCAUCUGGACCCCACUGUAAUUCAUUAGCCUCUUGUCUUUUCACAUGAGAAAUGCUAUGGAGUUCUUGUACUUUCCAUACACAGUAAAAAAUAAACUCAGUUCUCAAGACCUUUUAAUAUAAAAAUGAGUCCAUUGAUUGAACAUUGCAGGGAGGGUAAUUAUCAGGGAAUUCUUAAUCAGUGGAAUCACAUGCUGUAGAUUCUGUAAUGAGAUCUAAAAUGACUGCUCUGUGCAAUUCAGGAUAUUUUUAGUUCAAAGGCAAAUGUAUUUCACUGUUCAAUCAAUGUUUACAACAAAUUUAUGAAAGAUAACUUAACUGUGUCUACUUAAAGUGUUCAAGUGUGUACGUGACUGUUCAAGUCAUGUAGCUCUUGUGAGAAGCUGAGAUCAACAAAACCUCUCUGUAGAUGAAGUAUACAAGCCUUCCUUGUGUACACAGAGUGGCCUACUUUCUUUUUAACAAAUUUAAAGUCAGGUGGGAGUUUUCCAGCCGCAACCUCACCACACCACCGCAGCACGCCACCCCUAAUCCCCCCCCCCCCCCCCCAGCCCUGCCACUCACAUGCCCAGUCAUUUUGAGCAGCGAGUCGCCUGGAAGAAAGACCCUCUGUGUGCAGGCCCAGAGGAAGUGGAGAGAGAUGCAGCACACAAGGCCGCAUGACUCCCAAAUCACAUACGCACACACACACACACACUCUCAUACUGUAGCACGUUUACACAGACACACUCCGUUCUAGUUGGCAUGCACAGACACACACAUGCCGUUUUCCUGCACACUGAGGCUUGGCAGGGUGCCACACUCUGCAUGUUACUCUGCCAUGACCACUGGCUCCCUGCCCUGCCCUGUCUGACUGCUCUUUUGGAGCCCACACACACAUGAGCAGACACACAUACCCUCUACCCUGUCCAUAGGCAGUACAUUGUGUUGUCUGUAAUGAGCUCAUUUUGACAAUUAUUUGUUCGAUUCAUUCGUGAUUCAGACUCGGUUAUUGUAAAUAGGCCAGAUUUAAACCCCGCUGAAUGGUAACAGUUGUGGCGCACUGUGCUAACACUAGAUUAACACAGAUUAGGGCUCUGCGAUGCUUUCACGUGUGCCGUUUAAAUAAGAGGUCGGGUUUGCAAAAAAAAAUUCUACUUCUCAUCCGUCCCAUUUGGAUCAGUGAAGCACAGCUGCAACAGUCUGCUGCUUUUCUUUUCAGAAGAAAAAAAUCAGCUUUUGAUUGGAUGAUGUGGAAUCAGCUGUUCUCAUGACAAAGAUGAACUCUUGCUCUCCAGGAGAUGGUGCUCUCACGCUAUACGGUUCUGUAAAUUUUCAGCUGAUUUUAUACAGAUUAUGUGACUGAUUAACCUUUUUGUCGGACUCACACGUUGUCCUUAAGGAACUGGUGUCCUUGGCCAUGGGAAAACUCUGAUAUAAAAAUCCUCUGCAGAAGCAGUUUUGUCUUGGGGGCACAGGCAUUGCAGACCAGCUGAUGUAAUGCUGACGUGUGCAGCCAGACCUCUGGGAUCAUCUGUCUCGUCUCAAAUGAAGGCUUCCUUACUCCAUACCCUGAGGAGUUCUUCUGUCGGCUGGAAGCUCAUAUGCUGAGCGUAUACGAUCAUAGUUUAUAUAACUAUUCUUAACAAGCAAUAGAACCUUUUUGUUAAGACUGAAAGAUCCAUUGUACGGAUUGUACACAUGCGUUUUAAACUGUGAAAAUCAGUUUCCUCAAACCGUCAGGAAAACAAUCCACAACUAUAUGUCAUACUACAUAACAAACCACAAGUUUCCAAUCACACUGUUGGGAGCAAGUCCUGUAUAUUAAUAUUCAAGUAGUAAAGUUAGUUGCGCAAACCGGACAAAGAGACAUUUUUUAAGGGGGAAAUCAGAUAUUUUGUAAAAAGUUAUGACUCUUCUUAAAAAGCGUUUUACUAUCAGGAUUUUUACAGUUUUUCUGGCUGAGCAAGAACUGUUGCCGGCACUUCAUACUUGUGCAAAGGGGUGUUCAUGUCGCUGUGCAGCACUCUGUCUGAAUGCAAAUCUGCAAAUUUCCAUGCUAAUCAUUUGACCAGUUUGGGUUUUAUUUUUGAGAGGUGGCGCUGAUAAAUGCGAAGCUGCAGUUUAUCUUACUGUGUAAAAACACUUUGUAUGUCGAGGUCUGUGUGUUCAGGUUGCCAUGCAAGCCUUAAUGUUGCGUCACAUUUGACAUGCAAGUAUUAAUCAAGCUUAACUUGAGGUAGAAUGAAGAGUGACUGUCAGAAAAAUACAUCUGACUUGCAGCCAGCUGAGAAGAACGACAGAGAGUGUGGUCUUCUUUUUCUUCAAUAUCUUUUACUAGCAGCUUUCAAGAAAGGCAUCUUCCUCUGACUGAAGAGUAAUAACUUUUCACAAGUGGCGUGACAUUACAACACUAUCCGAAUAUGGUGCCUAAAAGCUGCAGCUGUGGUCUGUACAGGGAAGACAAAGACUGCUUAGUUCAUCAGCAGGUUUCUGCUUAGCAGCUCAAUCCCACACUGUUGGGGAAACAACCUGUGAGUGAAACUGUCGCAUUUAUCUAGUUGCAUGGCUUCAAAAGAAACAGAUAUAAACCCUGCAAACAUUCACACCAAUUGAUUUUCAGCAAAUGAUGAUUAACAUACUCAUAUAAUGAUAAAAUACACACGUGAUAGCAUACACACACAAUUUUUUUUUUCAGUGACAAACACGAGGGUUGAAAGUUUUGUGUUUACACAGGCAGCGUCUGUUGAUUUUAUUGAGUAGGUGAGUAAGGAAGUGUCUAUUUAUCCUUAUUGAGGAUUUUAUUUUUGACCAGCUCAGAUAUAAAAGUAUAAAAGGAAGCAACAAUGAUGUCAUGGUUGUGACUUUUUGCCCUUAAUUGUAAAAGCCUGUGUUGUGUUGUUUUGAUUUGUAGUACUUUCCCUAAAGAGAUCGAGGAAGUCACCUUACGCAAUCUGGGUAACAUGGUUAAGGGAUAAACGGGCGGCCAGUUGAACUUUUGACAUAAAGGGAAAUCCUUAUAACCUUCUAACGCAGCACGCAGAGUUCAUCCUCUAAAUGCAGGACAAUUGUUUCGGUUGUAAGAAAGCAGGAGGUUCACUGUGCCAUCUUCAUGAUGGAAAAUGUAUUUAUAACACGGCGUUCAUCCCUUGACUUGGCCACAGGAAGUUCACAGUAAAACAUGGCAGGUGGUGGAGGUGGGGAGUGAUCCGUGGUGGCUAAAUUAGGACUGAUGUCACGGGUGCAGUUUGACUUUAUCAGUGUGCCUUUCAGCGGCGGUGAGGUGAGGUCAUAGUUAUAGGAAGAGAGGAGAUAAAACCGAAGCUCUUAGCUGAGGUUUGUGAAUGAAAUAAGUGCCACAUUAGGGGCGCAAUACAUCAUCCUAUUGACUGCUCUGUUUUUCAGUGUGUGCUCCUCUCAGUCUCCUCUCAGUCAGAUGCUCUAAUGUGUAAUGGCUCCAUUAACAUUAUCCACAAAGACUCAUUGGCCGUGCAUUGUCAUGCAGGUUGUACUGGCUGCUUUGAAGCCGCCUCCUCGUUGUUAUUGAGAAUGAGCUGUGGGAAGUUGUUGUUUGGCUAUUUAAACUGAGAAAGGCCUGGAAAUGUUCCCUCAACCCCCCCCCCCUUGUCUCCCCAAUCCCCCCUUCUCACUGUUAUAGCCGUUUCCAUGACAACUCAUGCUAAGCCUUAAAAAAAGUACAAAGCUUGUGAGGCUCGAACCCCAACCAGCCUUGUUUUUCUUCUUUGUUCUGUUCUUUUCACCCUCUGCAUUCCUGUUCUCAUUCCCGUGAUGUUUCUGGGACUGACUUCACGCUGAGCUCCCGGGUGCUUUCAAACUUUACGGAGAGACAGACCUUUACUCUCUUUAGAUUUGGCUGGCACCGCUUGGGUCUAAGUGCAAAAGGUGCAGCCGAAGCAUUCAGUCAUUCAGUCAGCUGCCUCGACCAGCGGCGGCUGCAGGGUUUUUAGAGAUUGUGAAAAUUGUGAAGGGGAGCUUUGUUGGUCAUGGAGAAAGGGAGAAACUCUCACUGCUCCGAGGAUCCGGGAAGGUAAGGCAAACAAACAAAUAUAUCCAGUCUCACGUUUUAGCCAGAACUUCUCAGUUUUUCUCGGAUAAGACACACACGGCUGACUAAUGCAGCGCUGGGUUUCCUAGCUUUAUUUUUAAACCCAGGCAGGCUAUGUUUUUCCCACUGUCACAUGGGAGGAGAAUUAAAUUUGUUAAAGCUUUCGCCAUAGUCUUAUCAUGAGGUCAUCAGUCUCAUCUCUUUUCCUGAAAUAAAACGUUUUUUUCCUGAGAAACGGUUCAGCGUGCAAAACAAGUUACGCUUUUGGUCGCCAGCUUAUUACUGUCAAGACCAUGCAAUAUCAGUCUCAUGAGAUGUCACCGGAGCAGAUAGAAGAAAUAAAUCAAACUGUUAUUUAAUCUGUAUUACCAGAGCAUGCCAUCAUGUGAGCUCGCUGUGUGUUCUGUAGAUCCCCCCCCUCACCAUAACAAACAGUUCUGCACUGUAUCCAGAUAAACACAGCCCAUAACAUCAUGCUUUUUCAUUAUAAUCGGCUGCUGCAGAGAAUUUGAUAAGCCUGCGCUCGUUUUCAAACUCUGGGCAUGCUCGGCUCUACAUUGAUUUUCGUCAGGUGGUGUGACACAGUGCUCCGACAAGGAAGUAGGUCAGGGGUCGAGGCCUGUGUCGGAUCAUUGUACACUUCUUUCAGGUAGGCCAACUCCUGCAUGGUAAACACCAAACGGACAAUAAGGAGUGAAUUUAUCGUUCUGUUUUUUUCCGCUCAGGACGUUUUUCUAUUUACCUUUACUCUCGUAAUUGUCCCACAGUCGUUCAACCGUAAUGGCUUUAGCCUUGAACCUUUUUAUAGACCAUCAGCAUGACUCAGUUUGACUCAGUUGCCAUUGAAGGUUUUUUUUUUUUCCCCCUCUAUGUGCUAUCAAUGAUUAAAAAGUCUCGUUAUUACACAUCAGCCUGCAAGUAUAAAGAAGUAUGUUGAUAACCUUAGCAAAAAUGACCCCAGGUAGAAAGGAGUUUGUGUAUUGACAAACUGAAAGUGCAUGCAUGUGUCCUGUCAUUUUUACAAAGAGACACUUUUCAAACAAUUUUACCUGUUAAAUGCUUGAACAAUCAGCCGCCAGGGAAAAUUUGUGGUUCGGAGUUUUUUUUGAAGUAAACAUGAACUACCAAAGAAAAAGGAGCUGCUUUCCUGCGUCUUCCAGGAAGUGGCUUCGAAAUAGAUUUGUUAAUGGUUACGGUUAGACCUGAGCAAAAAGAGGAAGUCGUUGAGAAAUCCAAACAGACGAUGGUCUUUUGACCGUCGGGUGUAUUGCCCUUCCACUGCAAACCUCACUGGCUUGUGGAAAUAGGUCAGAUGAGCAUGUUUGAACACAGACAGAAGCCUGGUCAAUAGCUCAAGGCUAGUUCUAACAUGGUCACUGCUGUGUUUCUCUUGACUGCGCAACAGUCAGAGAAAGUGUUUCAUCUUGGAUUUCACUGAAUUUCUUGGAUAUCAUCUUUUUAAAGAUUAUGUUUCGAAAGAUUUGUCAAGUUUGACCACUUCCCAUACGUGAUGACUGUUAAACCACAAGCCAUGGCGAAAUUUGGGACUGUUUUAGAAAGUAUAGCACAGAACAAGAGUUAAAACUAAUAACACUGAUAAAUAUUACAUUGCAGAGGUACUUUUUUUGCCUUAUUCUAGAUGAGGAUUUAAUAUGUGUCUAUUUUUAUGAAUAUUUUACAUUAAUAAAAAAGUGACCGUUUUCUUGAAACUCUCAACAACAAAUCCUCUGCAUCAAAAAAUAAAUAAAGUUUUUGAAAAGUAAAACUGUUUGAUUGGAUACAUCAUCCCUGAAUAGGCUGUAAAAGCCUGUAUUAUUUCAUUAUUAACGGUGUAGGAAUCUUGCUAAAUGUAUGUUCAAUGUUUGUCCUUUCAUUCAUGACCUUUCCUCCAAUAACUCUGGUGACACACCUGAAAAAAUGCUAUUAGGUAGCGUUAGGGAAAGAAAAAAAAAACCUUAUGCAAUCUCCUUUAUCAAGAGGUGUAUCUUUAAUCAGUGUAGAAGUUGAAGUGGUAAAGCAGCAUAUGUGCCGAGGUUUUGCUCAAAGUAAUAUUUAUCUCCUGUCUGUCGUUAAAAAUUGUUCCUUCUGUCAGUCAUCUGACUCCUUUGAUUGACAGUUAGGACAUACUGUGUCGGGAUCUGUAUGGUUCUCUUACUGUUAAUCUGUCUUUUUUAAUGCCUGAGGGUGAGACGCAGAUAAUGCACCACUCCUAGAUCAGGCCAGUCUGAGCACCUCACAAGUAUUUCACUCGCACACACACACAGCACUUUUGGAAGAGUCUGUGAUCCUGCUUUGCCCCUCUUGAACAAAUCCCAACAGGACAGGAUUUCUUAGUUGGACUCGAGUUUGUCAGUGGAAGAUUUUAUGGGAAGAGGGUUUGUUUUCACAAACAUGCCAGUGCCUGUGUUGUGCUCUGUCGACUCUGUGUGUGUGUGUGUGUGUGUGUGUGUUGGAGAGGGAUUGAGUGUGUACGUUAGUCUCUUUCAUGCUUGUUUGGCUCUGGGGGAGUGGUUGGGUUUGACGUCACUCACUACGAAGUGUCACACCAUUCUCAACACAAACUGACUUCCUCCUUACCAGCACAUUCAAACAGCUGUACACAGCGACAGCUUUUUCUGGCAGGAUGUGGUGAGAGACCCGGAGUUAAAGGACAGCUACUCUUGGAACAUAUCUUUAACAUAAACAAAACUUUUUAUCAUCUUGAUCAACUUAUUUUUUUUCACUUCUUGACUUUCAUGGCGUGAGGCUGUUCAGUGGAUCCUCCAGAUUAUAGAUUUUUUCAGACAGAAACAAAAGGAAAUGCCUACAGUUAGUAGGUAUAUGAGUUUUCGUUCAUCAAAGAGAUUUAAAAUAACCGGGUAAGGGUGUCUUUGUUUUGUUUUUGUUGUUUUAGAGUCAUUUUGUUGCUUUUGUUUUGAGUGAGUCAGGUGGUCUUGGUGUUUGUACAGCUUGUCAGCCAUCUCAUUGACCUCCGUAAAUCUUGUGUCCUCGCUUCUUUUUACAGUUUAUUGGAAUUGACUGUUUACAAAAGCGUUGUAACUUUUUAAAGAGCAUAUCAGAGCCUACAUGGAGCAGUUUGUAGAGGUGUUUUUUUUUUUUUUUUGUACAGCCGCAGCGCUGACACAACCCUUUAACAAUAAAAAACUUACUGGAAAAGUGUAACCCUUCUCAGCAUCCCAUCGUAAAGAUAAGCGGGUUGUUUGCCCGAUGGCAGCGCAGUCAUGAUACAGCUUUGUGUUUUAGUAGGGUUUUAAUGAGCAUCAUUUUAGGAUAUGAGAUUUUGUUACACCUUGGGGUCAAAUGUUGGCCAGUAUGUGGAAUUGGGAAGGGCAGCUUAUCUUGCUGUGUUUCAUCGUGUGUUUCUACAAGAUGAAAACUUUGAUUUUGAGUGCUUCAAUACAUACCAUUCCUGCUCUUACCUUUAACACUCUUCCCUGCAUGUACUCAAAAUCUCUUUUUUUUUUCUCUGUGUAUCCAGCAGCUACCCAGUAGAGAGCAGCGGUGGCGGGCUGCCAGCCAAAGUGAAGAAAAGCAAGAGCACCUUGAGCAAUGGCAGCGUCAAGAAGGUGGAGACGAGGAAAGCCUUGAGUUUGGAUGCAGCCCAGCUGGAGAUCCAGCAGCAGCACAAAACCCUCACCAGACAAGUGGCAGUCAGGUGAGACCGAUGGAAAAAGAGGGGGAAAUAAACAGUAUGCCUUUAAAAUAUAGGCCAAGCCACAGUCCUACUUUCAUGCUUGACACCACCGCAAAGUUUCCAUUAACGAUCUAAAAGCCUAAGAAAUGCAGACGGCAGAAUUCCUAUCGAUGUGGCGAUAAUUUAAUUUCACUCUUGAAAUGCAUAAAAUACUAUAAACGGUGGAGACUUGCAGCUUUUCUGAUGCAUCACGAGACCGAGCGUAACUCUGAGCAGCUGCCAAGUCGUGAUACACACAUGACCACACAGCCGUCUCAAACCCACUGUGUUUUCACAUGAUUCAGACGUAGGGGGGUAGAUAUAGGAUAUUUAUUGGUGUGAAGAACAAACUCCUACACGACUGUGUGGCUCCCCAGCAGCCCUGAACAUGUAUCAUUUUACACCGGUACUUCAGCAUGAAGCAGAGUUCAUCGAAUAAAUUCUAUAUUAUAUAAGCAUACAAGAAGAAAGCGUCUGUCAGUACGAGACAAAACCCUAAAAAAAAAAAAAAUAAAUAAAUCAAUAAAAAGAAAUGGGAUCCUUGUGUUGUAUCUAAGGUGACUCAGUUGUUCAGUUUUCAUCUGUUGUGGCCACAAACAUCAGGAAAAGUGCCUGUGAGAACAAACACAAUGGCUAAGUCAUUAAUAUGCAUCUCCAUAUAGAGAUGUUGUAAAUAUUGAAUCCCCAACAUCUACCAUCAGUAUACUCGAAUUCAACCACUGAUCCAAGAUGAUUUUGUUCUGUCGUGCACUCAGCUGCAUGAAUGUUUCUCAGAGGCAAACAGAUCCUGACACUCAAAGUUUUGCAACGCUUCAGUCAUUUCAGGAAUCAAGAAGUAUUCGUGACUAUUUCUGAAAUAUUUUUGAAUCUGAUCUUUCCUGUUCUGUGGCAUUUUGUCAUAGCUGAGGUGGCUUUCUUUUGCUUGUGACUGCAUAUCCUUAAAGUGAUCCUCUCACGUUAACUGAGACCUGCUGAAGCCGCAUACUUUCUCUAACUUGCCCUCUUUAUUUUUACUGCCACAGGUCGGAGACUUUUGAAGUCGACAGCAAAGGCUUCGAGCGGACAGAGGGCACCGGCACACAAAGUGUAAGGCCUACAUUUGAACUUAUGGUGUAAAUACAGACCUGAAUCAUACUUUCAGUGGACUGUAAUAAUGAAGGGAAAGUUCUCACUUUGUUUUCUUCUCGUCACUUUUAGAGUUUCAUGAAGCACAAUAAAACAUUCCACAAGUUGUUCCCAGACAUUCCUAAGAGUGAAGACUUAAUACACGGUAGGUACCUUAGAGCAAGAGAGAGAUUUAUGUUCUCGUUUGAUGUGGUCCGCUCAUUUGUUGUUUCCACCUCUUUCUUCUUCAGCUUACAUCUGCGCCCUGCAGAAGGAAGUGCCCUACCAUGGUCGGCUGUACGUCACUGACACUCAUGCCUGUUUCUACUCCUCAGUUUUACUCAAAGACACAAAGGUACCCCAGCCUCUCCUUUCACUCCUGUCGGUGUUUAAAAUGUUUCCCACCAAACCAAAUAUCUCACCCUCUCUUUUCUUCUGUCUCUCUUACAGUUAGUUAUUCCAGUUUCCAGCAUCCACUUAGUGAAGAAGCAGAACACAGCUUUACUCGUACCCAAUGCCUUGUCCAUCCGCACCACAGCAGGAGACAAGGUCAGUUUCUCCCUCUCAAAGGGCUUAUUUUGUCACUAGAUGUACACACACAUCUUUUAAAUCAUUCACCUAGUGUAUUUAUUCUUACAGUUUGCUCGUAGGUCACACAGCUAAUACUCUUGAAUGUUCUUGUUUUCCCUUUUUAGUUCCUGUUUGUGUCUCUGAGGAACAGGGAAUCGUGUUUUCAGCUGCUGCGUUCAGUCUGUCCUCAGUUUGAGGUGAGUUGAUCGAAAUGGGUUUGUUGUCUUUGAUAGUAAAGAAGUAGAUCGACACGUGAGCAAUCUCUAAUGCCUCUAAGGUCAUGAUCUAGCUUUUAGUACAAUACUGUCACUGCAAAAGAAAAAGUGAUUACAGAUAGUACUUCAUGUCCUUAACUGUUAUUGUGAAAAUAUUGCAACAUGGUAAAUUUGCUUAUUGCAGAAACUGGUGAUCUUUUGAGUUGUAUAAUUCAGCAGAGAGAGAGCAGCAAUCCUUCCUCUUGAACACUUUGUAUUUAGAUUUACUGCACUGACUUUUUAAGAGUGCGGCCUCUGACAUCUAUUUGAAGAGCCGCCUCUAUGAUAAGACUGUUCAAAUAGUCGUUACCUUCAAGAUAUUUGGUUUUCAUUCUUAAAUUUUUCUCUUUUUGUGUUUGCAGGAGGGAAGCACAAAUAGUAGCCCGGUCUUCUCCUCAGCUGAGAACAGCUUUGAUAAGAGCAAACUCGUGGUAAGAAACACUUUCUCACUAUUGUCCUCUGAAAAUGUCAUGAGGUUUUGCUGCCGUAGGGUUUAAUAAUGAGAUUUUUCCAGAACAUGAUUAACUUGUUCUAAAAUUUCCUAGAACAGAGAUGAUAUGAUUUAAAAAGUCAAGCUUGUGACGGUAAUCCUCAUCUUCUUUUGUUUCGUUGCCACAGAACUCAAGUCAAUCCAGUCUAGAUGACAGCUUUGACCACUUUGAUGGCUCUGAGUCACAGUCUUUACAAGACCAGCCCGUGCACAGACCACACAGAGGUAAGGGUUAGGUUCCUUUUUUGUUUUUUUUUGUGAGUACAAAUUAAUACUAAUCUCCUCUUGACAGACAAUCAUGUUUAUAAGAACAAAAACCUAUUGACAGUGCACUCAUCUUUUGUCUCCGUCUCUGGUCUAGCCAGUUUACACACAAAGUCGGAAAGGUCUGAUAGCUGACUAACAUUGAUUUUUUCUUGUCUUCCCCUCCCUCCUCUCUCCUCGCCCUCCUUCCUUCUUCUUCAGAAGCAGUGCCUAAUAGAGCCAGCUCAGCUUUCAGGAACCUUCACAUGCAGCCAAGUGAAAGCUCAUCCUCAGAGGAGCUGUCAGUUUCAGGUCAGAGGAAAACUUGAACUGUGGUGUGCAACACAGAGGGUGUGCAACAAAAAAAAGGGUCUUUUCGAUCAAUAGCGGGGGGGCAAAUACUGAUAAAGAUGUUCAACUUUGUGUCGUAUAAAGUGUGAUUUUGGAGAUAUCUAUGUUUAAAAAUUAAGUUAUAGAUAAAUACAGUCUCUUUUUUAAAAUGAUAAUUGAAUCAUGAUAACUGUAGCUGGUUUUGUUUUUAAUUUCAUUUUUUAUUUACUGUCUGCCACCACCUAUAAAUGCAGAACCCACAAGUUCUUGCACAACGACAUUCUUGUAAUGCUGAAUUAAUUACAAGCCACCUACAUCAGCGCUUUGGUAUUCACGUGAUGUGUCCAUUUCCUUCUCCAGGCUCAGGUGGAUCGUGGGUUUGGAACGUGACAGAAAAGGCCAAGUCCCUGCUGGUUCAGAGAGAGGCCAGCACCCUCAACACUCUACUCUUCAUUUACUUGAUUCUGUGAGUAGCUCUUUCUCUCCUUACCUACUCUCCCUACCUCCUUCUGUUUGCCCUUUUCAUCCCCGUACCUUAUCUUCUAUUGUGCUAAUCCAAACCUGCCUCUCGCCGUCGAUGUCACACCUGCCCUGGUGGGUGGACUUAAUGGUCUUAUAGGAUCUCAUUACAUAAGGAGGAGCUUGCCAACUUUUCAGUUUUUUUGGCAGGCAGGUUUUUGCUAGGAUAAGAAUUUUCUUCUGGUACUAGCACACUCUAUUCCAAGUGUGAUUUUCAGUCCUUAAACCUCCCCAUUAAAAAUGUCACAAACUUAGCAGUUAAACUUUUCUGGCACUUUGAAUAAAGAGGGUGUUAAAAGAAAAAAAGGCUUUAAAUUUGACGUGUCGUGUCUCGACUGUUCCAGGGUUGUGCUGCUGCUGCUGUCUUCCGGCUACAUUGGUUUACGUAUCGUGGCUCUGGAGGAACAGCUGACAUCCCUGGGGGCUCUACCUGAGUUCACCUUACAGAGCGGGUAAGCAGACCUCCUUUUCACUGCAGCUUCUUCUCCUCUAUGGCUGUCUUUGUCUUUGUGUGAACCUAUAUAAACACCUCCUAUAGAGUUGUUACCACAGUAUUAGUCCAUAUGUUAGAUUAAUCUAUAUUUCCACAAAAAAUUGAACAUUUCCUGAUCAUUUCAAAGCUCUAUUAAAACUAAUUUUGAAGUGCACAGAAACUACGUAAGGAAAUUUUUAUGUAUUUGGAAAUGAAGCCAGAAAAGUUGUUUUUGUUUUUGGUACAUAUGCUGAAUAAGAUACUCCAUGUCUGUUUACUCUGUUAUAUAACUGGAUUUACUGGCUAUAAAGGAAACGGCAUAUUAAUUCCGGUUAGAGGUGUUGCCUUGCUGCACAGUUACUAAAUGUUUGAGUAUUUUUAGGUGUGUAUUGAAAUACGACUCUCAACUAGUUCCCUUCUGUCUUUUUCCAGGUACCGCCAAGACACAUAACACUCAGCAACUGAAGGAGAGAUUGAUUGACUCAUGACUGGAGGAUUAAUAUCACAUUAUGGGCCUCUUCUGGCAGAACACAGCAGGAGAAGUUUUCACUCACUCUGACUGUGCUCCCGAACACGCCUGGUGCUGUUCGCCAGAGGACAAAAUGAACAGCCAACCUGUGCAAUGUCAGAGACUAUUUGUUAACUCGAAGGGCUAUACUUCCUCCUAGCGCAGUAGACAAAUGGACACGCCACGACUUAGUCCCGCAGAGCCGAGCCAAAACGCAUCCACACGCUGCCUGGUUGCAGCGUGUCUGUCGUUCAAACCAAAGCCACACGGCUCUAACUUUGCAAACGUGCCACACUAGCCAAGUCUGACGGGCGCUUUUUACUGACAGAAACUGUUCCACAUCUGUGAAUUUCUGUUAUCCAUUGUCUUUUCUAUACAGAACCUUCUCCCUGAGCAUGCAGUCUGAACAGGGCUAUACCGAUCAGCAUUAGACCACUGUAGUGCUUAUUAUUGCACCUCAACACCGGGGGAGGUAGCGCUAUGCUUAGCCAAAGACGCACUCGGUGCACGUCUUUUGCAUGAGUGCACCUAGAUGACUUUUAAGUGAUUCUUCGAUCUCAGAUUUUCCCUUUUUCAUCUAACAGCGGUUUAUACAAAUGUGUCUCUCUCCUCUAACUCAGUAUCUGUUGGGGUAUUUCUCUUUGAAUGGUUCUGUAAUCAGCUGUGGGUUGAAAUGAUGAUCGCUGAAAUCUCCAAAUCAGAUCAGCCCAUAGAGGCUCGUCUUUCUCCUGAUGGUCUUUCUCUUAUCUCUCUUUCUUCACGUAGCUAUGAUUGCAGUAUUACUUUCCUCGUCUUUGGCAUGACUUAAAUCAGUUUAAUGAUCAAUGCUCCGAGGUCAUGUUGCUCUUGAGCAGUCUCGGCUGGAUGAAUGCAUCAUCAAUGCACAAAUAUUUAGUACAUUAGGACACCAGGAGGUUGUCUCAGAGGCGUUAAGUGUUUGUUUGCCUAAAGAUAAGAUUUAAAGUGUGGAUGUACGGUCAAGCAGGAAAGAAGUACAAACCUCUCUCUGUGACAUGCCAAAGUGGCAUUUCUAGAAUCUUCAGGUUAUUUAAAGUAGCACCAAUAAUGUAUUUCUGUUGUUUCUAUAUGUGUCAGCAAUAUGGACACUUGACUGAUACUGUACACGCAUUCUCGCUCUCGUAAACCAGGGCGGAGAUUUGCUACCACGCUUGCUGUGAGGUCCAGAAUUUUCAACAGCAAAACUUUUGAGUGGUCCCAAAAAGAAAUUUCAAUAUGCAAGAAAUUAUUAUGCAUGGCAAAAAGUGUAAUUUAUCUUUGUGUGCUGUUUUUAAAUGGAGAUCGAUGUUUGUGGAGAAGAUAAUGUGUCGGGUGAAAAGAAAUACAAAGAAAGAUGUGAAUGAAAGAACAGCUCGAGUGAGCUAGCGCACUUUAAAAAAAAUGUGUUGUGCCUGUCACAAUCCGAGACACAAGGUUUUGGAUUGAGAGGAAAUGGCAAAGCUAGCGAUCUGUGGUAUCUGAUGGUGCUAAUGACUAUUUUUUUUAAAUUAGUUUUCACUCAGGGGUGGUGGGCACUACCUGCCACAUGGUUUUUAGGUUGUCAUCUCUUUCUUGGUCAUUUCAAAGUGUUGUGCGUGUGAUGGGGUUCACAUUUUGUACAUCUUGGCUUUGGUGGUUUCCUCAAAUGUCCUUUUGAGAAAAAAACACUACUUUCAUUGAGAUUCAUUUGACUGUCUGUGUUUGGCUUCUCAAAAUUGCUUUUUCCCCCUUUUCCCGCUCCUAGGACCCUUUUUAAACUAACCUUAUCAUGCAUAUCCACACCACAGCUCAAAGACUCAACAUCUCCACCCUUGUUGGGCUCAUUUCAGGAGUCGUAGAAAGAUAACUUUGACCAAAUCGUGUUUGGAUGGUCAGAUUCUCAUGUUUGGCUGAAGUUUUUGUCUACGUCAUAUACAGUACUGUUAGUUCUUAUAAUCCUCCACCAGGGGGCAGCACACACAUCCACUGUCCUUGAACGGACUAAAUGCAAGAAUCUCAAUGAAGAGGGCAGUAUUUGUGUGGUUUUGCACUAUUCAAAGUGUUGUAAAUAAUUUUGUAUUGAUUGUUAAUGUCCUUAAUUCUACUAUGGUCCUAUAUAUAUAAAUAUAUAUUUAUUUGCAUUCUGUGUAAUUCAAAGUAGUCUCUGUGAGAUGGCUUUGCUAUUGUUCAAAAUAAAUCAAAAGUUGCGAAGUAAAUAAUAAACUGUGUCUUUUCAAUAACUCACUGUUUGUACACAAGAAUUGUUCAAGAACAAGAUAUCAGAUUUCAAUCAAAGUAAAUAUGUCCAGAAACAUCCAACAUGUUUUCAUUUAAAGCUUGUUGAAGUAAUGCAAGAAGAAAGUAACAAAAUACUUGUCAUGUAAAACGCUGAAAUAUUAAUUGGAACAAACAGAAACUUAUUUCUUUUUAAAAGAAAUCUUGGGGUGGCAAAUAAUGCAAAUCAUGAUUGUUACACAGGCUCCAUUUCCAGCAGCACCUAUUAUAUAUGAUAUCAGAUCGCCAUCUAGUGGAGAAUCUUAUGUACACCCACAGAAACGAGAAAGAAAAUUAGUUUUAAAAUGUAUGCUUGAAUUCUCAUUCAAGACCUCAACACCAAACACAGCUCACCCAAAGGAUUUCAGAAAAACAGUCCCUGACAGCCAUGAUUAUUCAAGUCUGGGAUUAUGACAUUAAAAGUAAAAAAUAAGUAUGAUGGUCUGAAUUUGGUAACUGUCAUAAAUCGUAAGGGUCUGCAUGUUUGUUGUUGAAAAACCUUAUUGGAAGUAUAAAUAUCUGGUGUUUUCUGAUGGUUGGAGUCAAAGUAGAAGAAGACUGUAGUCACUCAAACCACACCGGUUUCCAUGAUUUCUAUUUAUUCCAUUCUAGAUACUCAAAAGCAGCAGUGGAAUAUAUAGCAACAGUCUGCGAGCUCAUAGCUGAGCUCACGUUCAGCUGUCGGGAUUGUUUGAAGGAGUAGGUUCUGCAGUGGUCCGCUGGUAAGCACAGAGCUGAAACACACCUGAAAAAAAACGCACAGAGGAAAAAGUGUUUAUUUCUCAGACAGUCAGGAACCACAGAAAUCUGUACAACAAAUGCAAAUAUGAAUUAUUGUCAAAGUAUAAAAAAAGAACAUUUUAUCAGUGUAGAAGUUGAUAUUGAUGCCCCUGAGUGGCUAUAAAAUCACCUGACCACCCUCAGAUGCUCUUAAACAAGCUGCCGUUUCUGCAUAACUAAUUUCAACACAUUUUCAAAGAUUGUAUGAAAACUGUAAUACCUGCUGCAAAAGCCAAAAUGAUAGCCACCCAGCCGAUGAUGUAGGACCAGGAGAAGCGCCAGUCCAGGAAGCGUUUGCCAAAGAAAGUGACAGUCACUCCGGUGUAAAUGGCCAAAGCCAGCAGGGCAAGAAAACCUGAGAGUGAAAGAGAGAUUACAAAAAUGUAUGUAAGUAAUCAUGAAAACAGAUUUGGUUGAUAUUCAAAACAUGCAUGUUUUCACUGAAUUUGUGUGCAUUCUCUGCAUCUGAUCUCACACUGGAAUAAGAAUUGUAGAGUCUCUGGUAUAAAGUGCAAAGUUUAAUAUUCAACCUGUACGUUUUUAAGCUUAUAUUUAAAGUGCUGAAUAUUGUACCCAUCCACAGAGAUCCAUUGGAUUUAUCCAUGCUUUUUAACCCUGGGUAUAAUCUACUACUGUGAGCCAAUUACAAAAAGUCCAAGACAAGUUUUGUGGACUAAACCCUGCCUCAAAUAUAACAUAAUAUUCCAAUUACAUGAGCUUACUGUUCUGAACAAAACCAGAGGGAAGUUUGUGCAAAACUCUUUGGGUUUUUACCUGACAGGACAAGAGCUAUGCCCCCUGUGCGGACCCUCCUGUUCUUGGUGCCGUUAGUGAACGCGCUCAGGCCAAGCACCACCCCUGCAAAGCAGCUCAGCACAGCCAGCAGCAUGAAGGCUCGAGUGGCAUCCCAGAAAGCUGGACAUUAGGAGCCGGGGCAGAGACAUAGAUUGUGUCAGAUGUAUUUUUAUUUCGCUUUAGAGGCAAAUUAAUGUUCAUGAAACUUUCUCUCUUUUUUUUUGCAUUUGGUUUGUUUUACUGAAUUUUUUCUCUCUGAACCCUUUUAGUCACACUCAUAACUUUUUUUUGGUAUAAACCUGAUAAAAAGUAUACAUAAUAUAUUAUCUGUUGUAUGAAAAAUGAUCUAAUUUAGUACCCCAGCAAAAAAAAGUCCAGAAAAUCUGGUUGAAGUGUUCCCCACUGAAGGACUCACCUACUGUGAUAGUGUGGGCGUGGCAUUUGUGAUUGAUACAAAACCUCCAAAGCCCCUGGUUAGCUGAGCUACCCGAGUAUCGAUACUGCAUCCAGAAGUCUGUUGCUGUGGAGACGAUGAGAAGCACAAGGGCAGCCACACCGCAGAGUGUGCCUCCUCCUGCCAAAGUAUACAGCAUCGUGAGGAAUUGCUGUCCCUCUGAACAUUCAGCAACUGAACAGCAAAGAGAGAGAAAACAUGAUUGGAAAAGAGACAGGCUACAAUUAAAAGAGUCAAAUAUUCAUUGUGUAUCUUGAUAAACAGAAUAACAACACUGAGACUUUUGACUUUGGGAUCACUCUGCUUCAGAUGAAACAAUGAACAGGUACCUCAGUAUCACACAGAGCAGCAGCCCACUGACUUUUACAUUACAUUAUUUAUUUGAAUCAUCUAAUCUGCAGAAACACAUCAACAUUCUCACAAAUGUUAAAGUUCUGUACAUUUUUCAGAAACAGGCAGUCAAUUUGUGGAACUGUGAAACUGUGUUGGUGUUGGUUAGCGAAACAAUUAUCAGGUUUUGCAUAUAUAUUUCACAUGAAGUAGUCCUGUUAUACUUAAUAUCAGCACAACAAAUCGUCAUCCAUAUUAUAUGACUUAGCCACAGCUGUCCUGAUACUGAUCAUACAUACAUCAGCUCUCAAUAACCAGGGUCAGGCUACUACUGUCCCAACGCUAAUGAACCCAACUAUCCAUCUGCAUUAAAGUAAGCCCUAUGUGUCUUUUCAUGACCACUGUAGUUUUAAAGCAGACAGGAUAUAUGUUCACGUCCAGUACAGAGAACUCAACCCACAAGAAAGAAAAAAUGUUGUUGAGGGGUAUUACCAUCUGAAAUGGACUUUUCUGCCAAACAUGCAUACAUUUAAUUUCAAACAAAGUGAUUUAUCGUCCUGUAACACGGUUUAAAACUGGCCAUAGCCCAGCGAAGCACUUGAGCCAAACUGCUGUAUGACAAUAAGCCUGCCUAUCAGGCAGUUCAGACCCAUUGUUCUCCACUAAUUCCCCUCCGUGCAGCACAAACCGAUCUGUUAGUGCUGAGCAGCUGAACUGUCAGCAUUGUUACUCUCUGUCACACAGCCAGCAAACCAGAGCUAUCCAACACCUGGACUCACAUAUGGUCCUUCGACAAACAUCAAACUCCACCAAAGUUAAACAAAAGUCAGACCUCUACAUUUCAAUGACAAAUGUGUCUCAAAAUUUGCAGAGUGAUACGAACAACCAGAGGGUACCAGCCCUGAUAAAGUUAGUGGUGAUGAUCUAGGUAAAAAUCUUUCCCCAAGCAAAGGCCUCCAAACAUCAUCUUCUGUGGGUAUUUCCUCUUACUCUCCAGCAGCAGCAGCAGCUUUUAAGCGCAGAGAAAGAAGCGUAUCCUCAAAAAAAAAAAGACUUUAAAAAUACAAGUUUUUCUGAUACCUGUGUUGGCUGGUGUCUCCACAGGGUUGCUGGCUGUAACAGUGUGCCUAUCCUUUUUAAGCCCUGUACCCCUGGCUCGAAUUGUCCAGCUCACAAAAGAGGGAAUGAUCGAGUGUAGCAUGUGAGUGAUGCUAAAUCCCCCCUCGCUUCUCUCUGCACCCACCUCCCUCCCUCUGUCAUCCCUCUAUCUAACCUGUUGCACUUUCUCCGUCUUUUUGAACCACUCCUCGGAUCACUUUACCUUUCAUUCACUGAAAAACGCAGGAUAAUAUAAAGACACAGAAAUGUAUACAUGUGUUUUGUUCAUGUCAGUCCACAAUAACUCCAUAAACAUCAGUGUGAAUGCACUUAGUGUCUUUAUUUCAUCAGUUAACUCACAACUUCAAAAAAAUCUUUAUUCAAAAGCAAGG